AUGCUCCCCAGUGCCUUCAAAGAAAAAUCUCCCGAGAGCCCAGAGCCCCCGCCAUCGGACGCCGAACGAAUACCCAGAGAGCCGGAACUAGGAGGAAGCGCGGGGGGAGCGCAGGAUGAUCUGCCGAGGUUAUCGGAUCUAACCCUCGGGCCAAAUCGAGGUGCAGAGACUGAAGGUGGGGGUGAUGGCGGCGGUGACAGUGAUGACGAGAAGUAUCAGAAGUUCGAGAACCUUAUGGAGUCCUCACUCGUUCUAAACUAUAUGCAGGUCUCCACCCAAGAAUUUCAGUGCCGCAUGCUAAUAAAGCAUAGUCUCUCUGGACAUGACGCCCCCACGCGUGAAGUAUAUCCUACCCUCAACUCAGAUUCUCAUUUUGAAACCAAUUUCAAACCCCGGUUCUAGGUUUCAAUAGAAUCCAUAUCUGAGGACGCAGGGGUCGGAAGGUGGAUCAAUAUCGACGCCCUUGGAGAGUUCACUGUAGCCGAUAGAGAGCUCGACGACCUGUUGCGCUCCGGAAGCCCUCAAAAGGAAGUCGACAGAAUUCGACAACUCGCGAGCCGAGCAGAAGUCACCAUUCCACCCGAAGGUCAGGAAGAAGGCCUACCCAGGCUACCAAUUAACGACGUUUUAGAGCUGACGCUUGGGGAUCCAUGGCAGCGGAUGGGGCCCCUAAAAGAGCAGACAUUUCAUAUAAGUAGAAGGAUACAGUCGUUGUGGGGCUGUGUGGAAGAGCUUCUCUCUUGCCGCCACAAGUUAAUCCACCUCUCCGGGGCAUUGGCGAAAAGAGAUGAGUUGAGGUACAAUUUGAUCAAGCUUGGCCUAAAAAAUCUCACAACCAGAGAGAUAAGCCGGGAUGCGCUCAAGAUUCAAUGUUUUGAGACCCUAAACUUAGCAUGUGUGAUCAUCGAGGCGUUCAUAGAAAAGAUAGCGAAAGAAUCUGAAAAGGACCACACUGGGGAAAGCGAGGAAUCUGAAGAGGAUGAAGAGAGCGGAGAGGACGAAGAAGGAAGCGAUACCACUGGUUCUGAAUCACAAUCCAGUGGGUCCGGGGGAGAGACAGUCCCUAAGCGGAAUAAAUGUAAGUGAACCCGAAGGCGGGACCUGGGCCCGGCACGUGCGAAUAUUGCAAUCUAGCAGAUAACACCGCCUCUUCAGCUUUGGGAAUAACAUUUGCUGAUUCUGUCAGUUAUGACCCCAAGGGCUCAUGGGUAUGUGCGGGCCGGGAGUCCUUAACAAUACUACCGGGAGUGGUGAAGCUAAGGUUAACUUGUAUUGAUGGUAACAAAAUUGCCGGGGGGGAACACCACCCUGACGACCUCGUGGAAGGUAUUCAAGGGAUGGACAACUAUGCACUGUAUACGGGCGGUUAA